ACCUUUCAUUUUACAGAAUUGCUUAGAUUGGCGAUCAAACCUAAAUGUGGGACGAUCGUCAAAUAAACGCAACCGGAAAUUAGUUUCCGAUUUUCACCGGAAUUUCACGAAUGCCACGUUAGCAAGCAAACGUGCCUCUGUACGAAAAGCGUACAACCAUAUUUAACUUUGCACAGGGAUUUAAGGCGUAAAUAUGGAUGUACUGCAUAUAUUGUCCGUGUUGGUUGUAUUGACAGUUGUUUCAGUAGAUUCUCUCAUGUUUCACUUGUCAGCAAAUCAAAAGAAAUGCCUGAAAGAGGAAAUCCACAAAGAUGUUUUGGUUACCGGCGAUUAUCAACUAUCUGACGUGCCAGGUCACAAAACCCAGCUGCUGGUGACAGAUUCCAAAGGUCAUAUUCUUUAUCAAAAAGAUGAUGCAAAGAAAGGAAAGUUUGCUUUUACAACAGAGGAAUAUGACAUGUUUGAAAUUUGCUUUAACAACAGGAUGCCAGGUGGUGGCCAGAGUCCUGACAGGGAGGUUUCUCUGGACAUGAAGCAUGGAGUUGAAGCCAAGAGUUAUGAGGAGUUGGCCAAAGCAGAGAAACUAAAACCUUUAGAGGUUGAGUUGAGGCGGCUGGAAGAUUUAUCCAAAUCAAUUGUAGACGAUUUUGAGUACAUGAAAGCCAGAGAGAAAAUGAUGAGAGAUACCAAUGAAUCCACCCACUCUCGUGUGAUGUACUUCAGUAUCUUUUCUAUGUGCUGUCUACUUGGAUUAGCAACAUGGCAGGUGCUCUACCUCAGGCGAUUCUUCAAAGCCAAGAAACUCAUUGAAUGAACACAGGGCAAUAUAGGAAUACUAGGAAUAUUUUUAUUUAAUUUAAUUAUGAUAUUUCUGGGGUCAUCUUUUCCCAGAUUCCAGAGUAGGUUUGUGGGAUUGGCUUAUUAAGUACAUAAUUGAAAUCAAUUAACUUUUGCAUUCAGAUUUUAGGUUAGGAUUUCAUUUCAAAAUUUGAAAUUUGUUAUGCAGCCCAAAGUAUAUUUGAUUUUCAUUUUUAAAAAGCAUUUGAUGUAAAUUUUGUGAGAAGUGUGAACUUCAUGGAUAUUUGUUCAUUGUACAUGUUGCUUUGUGUUUUGUUAAACCAAUGGUGUUCCCAUGUGAAAAUCUUAAUAUUUCCAGUUUAAUAGUUGAUGAUAAUUUGGGUUAAUGUAUGUAAAUCACUCGAAUUUCCUUAAUGAUAAGAAGUAUUUUUUCAUCAUUGUUCAUGUAUACAUGUAUAUAAGUCUUGGCACUUUCAGGCUUUGAUUUUAAUUAACAUUUUAAGUCGACAUUAUGUACAAAGUUAUCAAUAUCAUGCUAAAGAAAAUUAUACACAUGCAAGAAAAGAUGUUUUCAUUUAUAUACAAGUGUAUAUGUAAUCAUGAACAAGUUUGUGAAUGUUGAUGAGACUGCUUCAUUAACAAAAGUGUGUAAAUACCGAUCUCUGUAAAUAGUCACGGUGAGGCGUCGGUGCUUCUUGUUUUGACCAGUGAUCACAGUUUGUUUGUUGUGGGUUCAUGUUGCCCUUUUCUCUUGUAUGAUUCCUUUUGAUCCUUGUUUAUAGACUGGUGGUUUUAUUUUCGUAGAAUGUAUCACUAUUGUCAGUCUAACUAAAAUUGAAUCCUUUGAUCUGCUUAGUCAGAAUAGACCCACAACUCUUGUGGAGUAGUCUAGGUGAUGAAAUGAUCUAAUUUUAAUUAGUUUGCCUCAUUGUUGACAUUCCCACAUACAUGUAGUGCCUACACUGAAUUGAGUACAAUGUUACAAUCGUGUGCAGAUGAAAUUUUUAAGUCAGAGUGCAAGAUGUGAGAGUAGGACAGGUGCAGUUCCCUGAAAUUUUUGCUUUAUUGGUGUAUUUUGAUUAAAGAAUAGUGUUCCAUGUAGUUUUACCACAGAUAUACCAUCUAUUUUUGUCACUUUAAUUGUGCUGGUCAGGUGUCUGAUGAAUGUAUUGUACAAGUAAUUAAUGACUUUUAAGAGUGCAAGUAAAGUCUGUGAAGUGUUUUAUCAUUGAAUGAUAAAUUUCAUGUAAAAUUC